GGUAGGUCACCAGUCCUUCGAGCUGAGUGAUGGAAGGUUUCCCCUCUCCUAAACACCUGCUCCUUCUCCUCUUCACCGCCGCCCUCCUCCUCGUCUCCUUGUCGCUCCGCUCCUUCCCCACCAUCCGAUCCCUCUCGUCCCACCGUUACUCUUUCCGUGGGGGUUCCACCGGAACUGAUGGCUCCGGGGAGACGUUGCACGUCCACAAAAAUCCGUACCACCCCCUCGACCCUCUUACGUAUAACGAGAUAAAGGCCAUCCGUUCCAUCCUCGCUUCCCACCCGGACUUCGCCUCGCCGAACACCUUCCCGUCCAUCCACUCCCUGUCGCUCUUGGAGCCCGAGAAGGCCGUCGUCCUCGCGUGGCGCCCCGGGGACACACUCCCUCCUCGCCGCGCCCUUGUCGUCGCCUAUUCCGCCAACCACACCCACGUCCUCCCCGUCGACAUCGCCUCUCGCAGCGUCCUCCGUCACGUCGUCCGCGCCCGGCCCGCCGGAUACCCCAGCCUCACCCCCGAGGAAAUGGAGCGUGCCACGAAGGCCGCCGCUGCGCACCCGGACGUUAUCAACGCCGUCUUUUAUCGCGGCCUGAACCCGUCGUCCGGCGUUGUCUGCGGACCGCUGGCGUCGGGUUGGUACGGGCCGGAGGAGGAGAACCGGCGGGUGAUCAAGGUCCAGUGCUACGCCAAGUCCCCCAACUUCUACAUGAGCCCGGUGGAGGGGCUCACGGUGACUGUGGACGUGGACACGGGUGGGGUGAUCCGCGUCUCGGACCAGGGGCUUGGGAUCCCGGUGCCGCGCAACAGGGACACGGACUACCGCUACGAGUCGCAGAGGAGGAUUCCGACGACCGAGGCGGUGGCGGUGAACCCGAUGUCGAUGGAGCAGGCGGGGAAGCCUAGCAUGAGGGUGGGGGCGGGCGGGCACGCGGUACAGUGGGCGGGGUGGGAGGUGCACAUCCGGCCGGACGCGCGGGCGGGGAUGGUGGUGUCCCGGGCGCGUUUCCGGGACCCGGAGGGCGGCGGGGCGUGGCGGGAUGUGAUGUACAAAGGGAUGGUGUCGGAGCUGUUCGUGCCGUACAUGGACCCAGGGGAGGGGUGGUACUUCAAGACCUACAUGGACGCCGGCGAGUACGGGAUGGGGACGAACGCCUUCCCCCUGCUCCGCCUCAACGACUGCCCCCGGAACGCCAUCUACAUGGACGCGGUGUUCGCAGCGGCUGACGGCACCCCCUUCGUGCGCCCGGACGUCGUCUGCGUGUUCGAGCGCUACGAGGGAGACGUGGCCUGGCGGCACACCGAGAACCCCGUGUCCGGCUACGACAUAAGGGAGGCGAGGCCGAAGGUGACGCUGGUGGCCAGGAUGGUGGCGUCCGUGGGGAACUACGACUACACCGUGGAUUGGGAGUUUCAGAUGGAUGGCCUCAUCCGAGUGAAGGUGAGUCUCAGCGGCAUGCUGAUGGUGAAGGCGACACGCUACGGGAACCUGAGCCAAGUGCCGGAGGGGGAAGACCUGUACGGGACGCUGGUCGCCGACAACAUCGUCGGCGUGGUCCACGACCACUUCGUGACAUUCUACCUGGAUAUGGACGUGGACGGGCCCAGCAACUCCUUCGUCAAGGUGCACAUGGAGACGCAGGAGACGGCCCCCGGGGAGUCCCCCAGGAAGAGCUACAUGAAGGUGGUGAGGGAGGUGGCCAGGACGGAGGAGGACGCGAAGGUAAAGCUGAAGCUGUACGACCCCUCCGAGUUCCACGUCGUCAACCCUUCGCGUCUCUCCAAGCUCGGUAACCCCUCGGGGUACAAGUUGGUGCCCGGCGCCACCGCUGCAAGCUUGCUGGACUUGGACGAUCCUCCACAGAAACGAGCCGCAUUCACCAAUAACCAGAUAUGGGUCACUCCAUACAACCGCAGCGAAGAGUGGGCGGGCGGCCUGCUCGCGUAUCAGAGCCACGGGGACGACAACCUCGCUGUUUGGUCAAAGAGGGAUCGGAAGAUUGAGAACAAGGACAUCGUCCUGUGGUACACCAUGGGAUUCCAUCACGUACCAUGCCAAGAGGACUACCCCAUAAUGCCCACCGUGUUCUCCACCUUCGACCUGAAACCUGUCAACUUCUUUAGGAUCAAUCCGAUCAUAAGAGCAGCGCCAUACACCGAGGAAGAUCUCCCGGUGUGCAACGGGGUCCAUGCAACGCUCUGAGCAAGGAAGGCCCCAUGGAAGCACGUACGUAAAGAUCUGCGUGGUAGAAACAUGCAAAGGACGUCUACGUAGGCUUGGAUGUUGGUUGCUAUGGAUGUGCAUAAGCUUUACAUUUGUGGAUGAUAAGAUAUAGAUUUCUGUAAAUACCUCCAAUGCACUCGUCGUCUCCUGCAUA